CGCGUUCAUUCGUGCUGGGAGCGGUGCCUUAAAUCGCGCUGUGAUGCGCAUGGAGCAGCGCUGGGAGAGCGUUCGGCACAUGCGGCAUCGGCAUGGAGUAGUUAAUUGAAUAAACAGCUCAUUAAAUGCCGUUAGCGGGCUGCGUUUGUGCACGCGUUAAGUACGGUGUUGGCUAGUGCUCUGGAUCUGCGUAUAAAGGGCUGCGCUUGGGGCUGGGCCGGCCGUAAAUCUCUGCAAGGUCCUGCACUGGAGGUGGCGCAUGCAUUAGGUAGCCAGCCGUUGUAUGAGAUGCUUCCAAGUGCUGGUGUCUAUUACUUCCCGUGGGAGAUCAACAGCUCAGUCCCCGAGGGGAAGACACUGAGGACAUUUGGCAGGUUAUGCUGCUAUGACCUGGCCCGAUCUGAAGCCGUUCUCACCACGCAGCACAACUCGGCUCAGUACCAAGUCUGUGUUGACACCAAGUUUGUGGAGCCAUUCCAAGCCCAAGUGGGAUCGUUCUACAUGGUCCUGGGAGAGGCUGAGCACAGGGAAGAAACUUCCAGUCCUGUAGUAAAAGCACGAAUAUUGACCUGCGUGGAAGGGAUGAACGUGCUCCUGCUGGAACAAGCCAUACAGGAGCAGAGGAAAUACUUCAAUGAGAGGCAGGAGCAGAGGGGAAACAGCACGUCCUGAUAGCAGCUGAGGCCAGCCACACGCUGGUCCUUGCACUAGGAUUUGCAACAAAUAUGUUAAAAGUAAAUUAGGAGGUGUGUUCGCUGUGGUAAACAGCAAAGUCACUGAGCAGGGAAACACUUGAAGACUGUGAAUCAGUGUGUACUGAGGGCUGUCCAUUCCUGCCCUAGGUGUCAUGACUGAAAAUAGCUCUGGGAAGCAGGUUUGUUGUUUGUUUAAAAGGGUGGUUAAGGAAAGGGAACAUUUGGGUUAUACUGGUCCUUUUGUAAUGCACAACAUGAAGUCAGAAGUGUCUAAACCUAGAGUUAAGCAGUUCACCUUUGGCAGAUGGGGGAAAAGGGCAUUAGCACAAAGUUCAUUAGCCCUGCCUGGCUGCAGGCCCAUGAGUUCCUGUGUUGGGGUACCCUGACUCAGCUGCCACCCAGGGACAUUCCUGGCAAAACACUCACAUAUCUGGGCUGACCAAAGAAACAAGAACAAAGAGUCCCUAUUUCCAGUGGCACCUGCCUCUUCAGGUAGGAAGAACUGGUAUCUAAGGGGAGGAUUAAUUCUAACUCUAAAAUAAAUAUUUGCAGUUCUCCGAGUACUUGACUUUCUUCCUUGAUACAGCUAAGUUUAAGAGACCUUAAAUCACUACUUUGGAGGUAUCUAAAGAUUUUGAUUUAAAUUUUCCUAAAUAAAGAUGAAAAAAGAAGGCAGCCUGUUUUUCAUUGAUUUAAUCCCUCCUUGCUAAGUCAAACAUGUUAGGUCCUGCACAAACCUUAUAGAUGAUGUAAGAGAAUUCAGUUUUCCUCCUCCUCCUAAGUACUGGGUUUGUAUGGAAAUGUCUGGCUUUAAAAAAGUUGUGAGAAAAGGAGAUGAAGUUACACCAGAGCCACUCUGGCUGAUGAACAUGGUGCUAGGCCUACACAGCUGUAUUAAACCAUUGGCAAAAGAACAGAACAUUGCUAAUGUCAGAUGAGAAUCAAAUGUUUGUGCAAGGGAGAGAAGACUCUCCUAUACUGUAGAAAUCCCCAAAUCUGGAGUGAGCUGUGCCUGUGGUUUGCAGGGGAAUGCAGCCAUCUCCAGCCUUUUCUGCUUGCACUCAAAAGAUUUGAGCUGCUGCUUCAGCAAUGGUUAAAUAACCCUUUUUUAGGUCACUGUCUUGGUU